AUGACGUUGUCAGACAGCAAAAUAGUGCUUGCCUGGUUGCGCAAGCCACUGACCUCUCUCCAAGUGUUCGUAAGAAAUCGUGUCUCGGAAAUCGUCACGGAAACCCAAGACUACACCUGGAAGUAUGUCUCUACGAAGGAGAAUCCCGCAGAUAUUGUGUCAAGAGGAUCCCUGCCCAAAGCAUUGAUGUGCAAUGAGUUGUGGUGGAAGGGGCCCUCAUUCCUGCAAGCAGCAAGAUACGAAAUCGAGCCACCAGAACAGUUACCAGAUGUGGAGUUGCCUGAAUUGAAAUUGACACCUUUCGUCUCUGCAGCUGUAUACAACGUCGAUGAUCUUCCUGUAUUUGCCAAGUUCAGCUCCUUUCGGAAGCUGCAAAGGGUCAUCGCAUAUGUCGAACGCUUUAUCUCGAGCUGUAGAGUCAAGGAUCCCAAGCUCCGAACCCGUGUGCGCUACCUCACUGUUCCCGAGUUGAGGCGAUCGUUGGAGAGCAUCAUCAAGGUUGUGCAACAUGAGGUGCUUGGUGAUGAAAUCAACCGCAUCGAGAACAACGAACAGUGUAAACGAAUUGCCUCCCUGAACCCUGUGUACCAGAACGGAAUCCUGCGAGUAGGAGGCAGAUUGAAGAAUUCGCCCGUAUUGACCAUGACCAAACACCCUUAUAUCUUGCCGAGGCAUCCGAUUGUCGAUCUUUUGAUCAGAGCGUAUCAUCUUGAGAACAUGCACGUAGGUCCGUCAAGUUUGCUGGUAGUUCUUCGAGGCCGUUUUUGGUUGACAGAAGGUAGAUCUGCUGUACGAAAAAUCACGAGAAGCUGCGUUAUAUGUUUCCGCGCCAGGCCAACAAUGACAACUCAGCUGAUGGGAGAUCUGCCUGCUUGCCGUGUGACUCCUGCCCACCCGUUUGAGGUGACCGGCGUGGACUAUGCGGGUCCAGUUUUCGUGAAACAAGGACGACGGAAGCCAGUUGUGGAGAAGGCAUACAUUGCUGUAUUCGUGUGCAUGGUGACACGCGCCGUGCACUUGGAGUUGGUCUCAGAUAUGACCACGGAGGCGUUUAUUGCUGCAUUGCAACGUUUCGUUAGCAGGAGGGGACUACCUCGAGAAAUGCACUCGGAUAAUUGUUCAAACUUUCGGGGUGCGAAAUCGGAACUGAAUGAGCUGUACAAACUUUUUCGGUCUCAAUAUGCGCUUGAUGAAAUUGAGGGAUUUUGCCUGUCGAAGGAAAUUGCCUGGAGUUUCACUCCACCGGAGGCACCGAAUUUCGGGGGCCUCUGGGAGGCAGCCGUUAAAAGUGCCAAAUAUCAUUGUUGCUGCCAACACUGCCUGCCGUGA